AAAAUACUCUGCUCCUCUGUAUCACACAGAGAAUUCCGCUGCCGUAGGUUGUGGAUGUACUAUUGUGACUUGAGGCUGUCGUACAAUACAACAUGCGUUCAUUUUACCGCCGAAGCCUGACUACAAUGAACGAGGGCUUGUUUCGUGUAGUUCUCCUAUUACUGGUGUCGACAAACAUCGCAUCAGCCUCAAAAAUACUGGUGAUGGCUCCAACUGCGUCCAUUAGCCACCAGAAGGCGUUCCACGUUGUGACAAAGGCGCUACUAGAAAGAGGUCAUGAAGUUACCUUGUUUACAUCGGAUCCGCUCAAGAUAAAUCACCAGAAUCUAACCGAGAUCGACCUGUCUUCUUCAUAUAAACUGGUAAGGGAGAUAGACAUUAUAGGCCUGGCUAGCAAGACACCCCUGGACUGUCUCUCUAUCAUGGUAAUCAUGCCAUCGCUGGUCAAGUCCCAACUGAAAGAGCCAGCAGUACAGGAUUUCAUCAGGAGAAACCAAACCUUUGACUUGAUGGUCAUCGAGCGUCUGUCUUACCAAGGUUACUAUGGACUGCACCACAAGGUUGGUUCCCCACCGCUCGUCGGCUUCGUGACGUUGUCUGCAUACUCGCCUCUGUAUUACGCCUUGGGGAAUCCCAUGAAUCCAGCCUACAUCCCUGAAACCUUGGUGGGCUUUUCUGAUCACAUGAACUUUUGGCAGCGCAUGUACAACACGUUCUUUGCACUACGUUUCCACUACAUGUGGUUCUACGAACUACUUCCGCUACAAGAAACGAUUAUGAGGGAACACUUCGGAGCAGAACCACCUUCUGUUUACGAAACGGAGCGCAACUACAGCCUACUCAUUGUCAACAACCACUUUACCACGGAGUAUCCGCGGCCUCAUCUACCGAGCGUCAUAGAAGUCACUGGACUCCACGUAUCGACCAAGGUUGAACGAUUACCAGAGAACCUACAGAAAUUCAUAGACGGAGCCGAACACGGCGUCAUCUACGUCAGUCUCGGAUCCAACGUCCGGAGCAACGCACUGCCCCGGGAGAAGUUCCAGGCUUUUCUGGAGGCGUUCAGACAGCUGCCGCAACGCGUCCUCUGGAAGUGGGAGAACGACACACUGCCUUCACAGCCGGAGAACGUGAUGGUCAGCAAGUGGAUGCCGCAACAAUCCGUGCUGGCUCAUCCAAACGUCCGCCUCUUCAUAACGCAAGGAGGUCUUCAGAGCAUGAAUGAGGCUACGUACCACGCUGUUCCACUUGUGGUCAUACCUUUCUUCGCCGACCAGCCGUUCAACGCCGCCAAGAUUUCGCAGGCGGAGAUUGGAGUCAGGCUGGACUACCCCGACCUCACUAAGGACAACCUGCUGGCCGCCGUACGAACCGUUUUGGAGGAAUCAAAGUACAAAAAUAAUAUGAAGAAGCUGUCGGAUGUGUUCCGCGAGCACAAAGCGGACUCGCUGGAGAGGGCCGUGUGGUGGAUCGAGUACGUGAUCCGCCACAGGGGUGCCCCUCACCUGCGGAGCGCCGCCCUCGACCUGCACUGGUGGCAGCUGCUGCUGCUCGACGUCGUCGCUUACGUUCUGGCGGCCUCUGCUCUCACACUCUACGUCGUCUACUCCGUCUCACGGUGGAUACUUUCCUUCUUCAAAGGCAGCAAACCGAACCAGAAACAGAAGAAACACUGAUGUUCUCAAGACAACGUUUAAGCAGUCACUGAAUCUUAGCCAACCUUACUACAUUUCCGACCAUUUCAAGACGUUUGGAGAGUGAAAUCGUUACAUGCGUCAUAUCAUAGGCAUGUUGUUGUUGUGGUCUUCAGUUCUGAGACUGGUUUGAUGCAGCUCUCCAUGCUACUGUAUCCUGUGCAAGCUUCUUAAUCUCCCAGUACCUACUGCAACCUACAUCCUUCUAAAUCUGCUUAGCGUAUUCAUCUCUUGGUCUCCCUCUACGCUGCCCUCCAGUACUAAAUUGGUGAUCCCUUGAUGCCUCAGAACAUGCCCUACCAACCGAUCCCUUAUUGUAGUCAAUUUGUGCCACAAACGUCUCUUCUCUCCAAUUCUAUUCAAUACUUCAUCAUUAGUUAUGUGAUCUACCCAUCUAAUCUUCAGCAUUCUUCUGUAGCACCACAUUUCGAAAGCUUCUAUUCUCUUCUUGUCUAACUAUUUAUCGUCCACGUUUCACUUCCAUACAUGGCUACACUCCAUACAAAUACUUUCAGAAACGACUUCCUGACACUUAAAUACAUACUCGAUGUUAACAAAUUUCUCUUCCUCAGAAACGCUUUCCUUGCCUUUGCCAGUCUAUAUUUUAUAUCCUCUCUACUUCGAGCAUCAUCAGUUAUUUUGCUCCCCAAAUAGCAAAAUUCAUUUACUACUUUAAGCGUCUCAUUUCCAAAUCUAAUUCCCGCAGCAUCACCCGAUUUUAAUUCGACUACUUUCCAUUAUCCUCGUUUUGCUGUUGUUGAUGUUCAUCAUAUAUCCUCCUUUCAAGACACUCUCCAUUCCGUUCAGCUGCUAUUCCAGUUCCUUUGCUGUCUCUGACAGGCACAGGCCUACUGAUAAAGGACUAUGAUAUUUAUGCAGCAUUAAAUUAAGACAGCGGUGGUGCAAAAAUCAGACGCCAGUCGCAACUGGAAAAACAGUCUAGUCUUCAGUGUUUUCAGUAGCGUUCAAACCUGUACAAUGUUGUAAUAUUCUUAACUUACUUCUAUUUAUUUAUUUUUCUCUGGUAGAGUGUAAGUUGCUUCACUAGUCAUCUUGUUUAAAUAACAAAGGAAGUUGCUAAAAAGAUGUCUGGUACAAUUAACAGUUACUUUGUUACUAAACUGUACACGUUUUA